AGUUAAUUCGAAUAUCGUAUCAAAUCGGUCAGCAAAUCAUGGGAACACCGGAUCGUAUAUGUUGUUGAAAUAUAUCAUUAAUACAUUAUUAACAGGCAUACUGUUAAGAAACAAUUUGGGUUUGUGAUAAAGCCAGGAUAUUCUGACAAUUGUUGAAAAAAAUCAUCAUGAAUUUCGUCAUUUUAACCUUGAUAUGUAUCGUUCUUAGCGGACAAAAAGCAAUGUCUUCUGGGUUUCAUUUUUCUUGCGAUUCCGAUAACAAUCUCCUCAAGAUAGAGUUGGAGUGUUCAGGUAAUAAAAGAAUCCACAUUGUCGGCGCUUGGAACAUACGAUCGAAACACAAGUAUCCAUGCAAAAACAAUUCAAUGACAUUUUUGGAAGCGCAAUACAGCUUAACGUAUGAAAUGACACAUAAAAUUCUAACGAAGUGUUCUUAUAAGAGGAAGUGCAUAGUCAAACUUUUCCCUGAAGAUCAUGGGUCAAAUAAGCAUCAUGGUAUCAGAAUUAAAUACGCAUGUAUUCCAGCUGUGAAGUUUAACAAUAUAUGCCAUAGUACUCCGACAAAACGUCUAUCAGAGGUUUAUCUUAUAGACAACGUCGAUGGAAGCAAUGCAAGCAGCAGAUGUCACUGUGAUCUUUUAUAUUAUGGUCGUUUUGUUGUGUCUCUGACACAUUUUCCAACAGAGUGGGUACAUCUGAAAGUAAAAACUUGGACUACGACCAAAUCUUUCGAAAAGGAAUACAGAAAUCAAGUCUACAGACGUCAGACAUUUUAUACAAAUCCAAAUACUAUAAGGCAGCAAUUUACUGUUAUAAACAACUCAGACAACAGAAAAGACGAACCCGCAUUUCUUCUUGUGAACAUAUCAGCAAUAGACGAACAUAGUCACUUCCUUCUACGAUGUAACAGAUCUACUGCUCCUCAAACGUAUCAGUCAACAAACAAACAAUUGAUUUCAACUGUGCACCCACCUCAAUCAGAUGCACCAUCUGCGACGAAAUAUGCAGUUAUCUCGGCAAUUAUAACUUCUAUAUGCUUUCUUGGCAUUUGUACUAGUACAUUCUUUAUUUACCGCCGAAUUGCGAUAAAAAAAGAAAUUGAUUCAAGUCGCAACAACGCGAACAUGACGUCUCCUGGUGUGGUUAAUACGGUCGAAAGAAACAUACGUAGGUCAGUCUAUGUAGACUGCGGUAGAAGUUUAAGGCAUUCGUAUGCAGAAAUUGGAAGUAUUUCAGACUAUCGUCAUUACGUUAUGCCUGAUGAAACAUUUAUGCAGAGUUUAAAAAUCACAAGUCGAUUUAAGACAUUAGUAGAAGAAAGUAACUCGAACAAUGCACACGACAAUGCCGGAGAAACUUCUAAUGGCAUAAAUGUAAAACAAAAAAGUUUUCAGAAGUUUCAAGGUGGACACACUAAUGACAAACACUGCUCGGGGAAUCACAGCGGUCCGGGAGAUGUUUCUGACAUUGUUCAAGACAUGUUAGCUGACAAUACCACGCGUUUGUCUCAUGAAAUGAAAACUAAGCCAAAAUCGUAUGUAAUGUCCACAGAAGAAGAAACAGACAACACAAAUGAGAAUAAAGGUAUCAAUUGUUCAGCCAAGUCCACAAAGCAAAGUAACAAAGAAAGCGUGGACUUAUCGGCCAAAAUGAUUCCAAAUGAACAUUAUGAUCCUUCAGGUUACUUAGAUUUAGACGUCCCUGAAAAAACCAGCAAUGCUAAUUUGAUGAACUGGAAAAAGGAAGUAUAUUCCGUCGAACAAAUGGCUAGAGCAAAACGUUCAGACCCAUUGGAUAAUUCUGAAAAUUUGAACCAGGUUGGGAAAAGAGUAGUAACAAUCGUACAAAAAGGUUUACAGGAUACACCGCUUGGGAAUCAGUAUGAUUAUACUCAUAACCGUGUUAUCAUGUUUUCAGAAGAUGAGCCUGCGCAAAAGCUUCCAGAUUAAUACGAACAUUGCACUCAAUUCUCGAUCCUUUUUAAAAGUAUUACGUCUGAACAGUAAAUAUUGCGAUAGUCAAAUAUUCAGCUGACAGGCACUUAAAUGUGUAAGUUGCUCGAUUACAAUACAUACAGUUGUUAUUUUGAGAUAUUCUUGAAGCAGAAUACCAUGUUGUUACACUUCUGCGGAUUUGAAAUGAAAAGUGAGGGCAGAUAAUUAAAACCUGCAGUGCUAUAAAUGCUUUCUUCUUAAACGCUAACGAAACCCCUAUGAAACCUUGCAAACACUGGCUCAGUGUAUGGUCAUUUAUUAUUUAUAAUGUUCACGUAAACAACUUUUCAGAACUAUAUAGUAUGUGAUAGUCCUCUGUGUCGAUGCUGUCACUAAUAAAGGUAGUAAUAGUUCUGACUUCAUCUUUAAACUUGUUAUUAUUAUGUAAUUACUGUUAUUCCAAUUGUCAUGACUUUGCAUGCGUUCAGUAUUAAAACAUCAAUCAAUCUGCAAAGUCAAUAUACAUAUAUAAAAAUCUCGGAGAAGCAAUUCCCCUGAAGACAGUCAAUCUUGCUUAAUUUAUAUUUGCGGAUGCUGUACUAGAAUAAAUAAAUAAAUAGA